AUGGAAGAUUUAAGAGUCCAGUAUUUUAAUUUGGAGCAAGCCCAGAAUCAUGAACUCCACAGGACUGAGGGACUGAGUUCUCAGACUCUGGUGGUGAGGAGAGGACAACCUUUCAGACUCACUCUGCUCUUCAAGGGCAGACCAUACAACCCAUCCCGGGACGGCGUGGUCCUAAAAGUAAAGCUAGGACGUCUGUACGUGGAGCUCCCUGUCACCUCCUAUAGAUACUCCUCGAAGUCGCGAUGGGUUGCCUAUUUCCAGCAGGACCCAUAUGGUUCCUCCUUAACCACAACGGUUGUCAUGUGUGCCCCCGUCACUGCUCCUGUGGGGAUGUACCAUCUCCAGCUGCUGCUGUUUAGUCAGACCAGCCAACACGCCUACAAUGUAGGUGAAUUUGCCCUGCUCUGUAACCCGUGGUGCCCAGCUGACUCAGUCUUCAUGCCCAAUGAGAGUGAGAGAGAGGAGUUUGUAAGGAAUGACUUUGGACUUCUUUAUAUGGGCACACCUAAAAACAUCAGUGCCAGACCUUGGUCCUUUGACCAGUAUGAGAGCAGUAUAUUGGAGAUUUGUAUGAAGAUCCUACAAGUCAGCCCUCAGCAUUUGCAGGACUGGAGGAAAGAUUAUUUGAAUCGAACCAGCCCUAUUUACAUAAGCCGGGUCAUCUCAGCCAUGAUAAACAGCCAAGACGACCGAGGCGUUCUUCUCGGGAACUGGUCAGAAGACUACUGCAACGGUGUUCAUCCCUCUGAAUGGACAGGAAGCGGGGACAUUUUGAAACAGUGGGCUGGGAGCAAUUUCAACCCAGUCAAAUACGGACAAUGCUGGGUGUUUGCCGCGGUCAUGUGCACAGUCAUGAGGACCCUUGGCAUUCCAUGUCGCGUCAUUACCAACUUUAACUCCGCCCACGACACAAACGGGAAUCUGGUUAUUGAAGAGUAUUACUCAGAGACUGGGCAGAAGCUUUCAGUCAGCCGCGACAGCAUCUGGAAUUUCCACGUGUGGGUUGAGUGUUGGAUGAACCGCCCCGAUCUAGAGGUGGGAUUUGAUGGUUGGCAAGUUUUGGACCCAACACCACAGGAAAGGAGUGGAGGACUAUUCCGGUGUGGGCCUGCUCCAGUGAAAGCCAUUCUAGACAGGCGUAUUGACCUGGUGUACGACAUUCCAUUUGUGUACGCUGCAGUGAACGCGGACGUCCAAACGAUCAUCGUUACUCAGGGACAGAUUCUACGUAAACACACUGACACGGAAAGAGUGGGCGCGCUCAUCUGCACUAAGAGCGUGGGGUCCAAUGGACUAGACAACAUCACUGGCAAUUACAAGCUCGUCAAAAUCAUAAAAUCAUAUAUAUAUAUAACUCUCUCUCUCUCUCUGGCUCUCUCUAAAGGAUCCAGUCAGGGCCUGUCUGUGUCUCUACACCUUUACAAAGUCCCCGCAGUGGGGGAGAACAUCUCGUUCUCCGUCACUAUUGCUAACAGGAGUAAUGCUCUGAGAACAGUGAAGGAGCAUGUAAAUGCCCAGGCUAAAGAAUACAACCACAGUCCCACUGACACGUUCUGGGAAGUCCAUAACAUGGUUCAACUGGCUCCAUUCUCAGAGACCGUGUUGGAGCAUCAGAUCCCGUAUAGUCAGUACAUGACUCUGGCCAAUGAGAACCUGGUUAACCUGGCUGUGGUUGUGGAGGAUGUGGCCACGCACGAGAGAGAUCUGGACUACGAGGAGUUCAACAUCGCCAGCCCACAGAUCCAAAUAGAGGUCGACAAUGAAGGAGCCAUCGUGGCUAACAGAGAGCACGUUGCCACGGUAACAUUCACCAACCCUUUCACGAUGCCCAUCAUGGGCAUCCUCACCAUGGCAGGAGCGGGACUGCUGGAGAACAAAGUUCAGUCCAGGAUUCUGCUGCUCCAGCCUGGAGCCACCAUGGAGACAGCUGUGCACUUCCUUCCCAAGAUGCCUGGCGUGAAAAUGCUGCAGGCCAGACUGGCGCUGAAGAAUAAUCCGGCCGUCAUCCACGGAUAUAAAACCAUCACAGUGAGGCCAGCCUAA